UCCACUUGUAUGACGUCCCCAGAGGAGUCCAGUUCAUAGAAGCGGGAAGGAGGUGGUGGGCCAGGACUCAACUAUUGAAUGGGGACCGAGUUUCAGUUUUGCAGGACCAAGAGCUCGGGGAUGGAUGCUGGGGACGGCUGCCCGGCAGUGUGGAUGUCCUUAGGGCGGCUGACGCGGGCAGCAACAGGGACGGCGGCAAAGUUUAUGUCAUGCAUAUUUACAAAAAUAAGACGCUAUGGUUUGUAAAGGAAAGAAGGAAAGAAUAAAGUGCCCGGGCCCUACCGCCAUGCCUGGGGAGGAGCCCCGUUCUUCCUGCGCCCGGUCAAGGCUGGGGCUGCGUGUCUUGGGAAGUAACCGCCUCGGUCUUUCGUCUCGUUUCAGCGGCCUCCUGCACAGGUGCCUGCGCUCUGACUGGGAGGCUCUUAGCGACGGUGACAUCCGGCCUCUCCCCUACCCUCCUGGAGCAGCCCGACCCAGAGUGGGAGCCCCCCCCCGGUGGCCCUUAUGAUGUGCUGACCACUCCCACCGGCAGGGGUGGAAAAUGGUACCAGUCAACCCCGAGCCGGAGGAGCCCGCCGCCACAGCCCCGACAUGGAGGAGCCCACGCCCGAGCCCGUCUACGUGGAUGUGGACAAGGGGCUGACCCUGGCCUGCUUCGUCUUCCUCUGCCUCUUCCUCGUGGUGAUGAUCAUUCGCUGUGCCAAGGUCAUCAUGGACCCCUACAGCGCCAUCCCCACCUCCACCUGGGAGGAGCAGCACCUGGACGACUGAGGUGCGGGCGGGGCGGGCGGGCGGGGCGGGGCCUCCGUUUCCCCGGGCCACGGGCCAGCCAGCCCGCGGAGAUGCUCCCCCAACUCCGGGCAUCACAGUCAGGGACCACGGGGUCUCCGCUGUGGGCUGGCCUGGAGAUGAGAGCCCUGGGCCCGGAGUCAGGAGGCCAGUCCGCGCUGGGGAGUCUCUGUAGGAUGAUGGGGGGGUCCCCUUCCCCGGCUCCUGUGCACCUUCGGGGACUGGGUCCAGAGCAGACCCCCUCAAUCACACAACAGUGCUCUCGCGCUGAGGACACCGUCUGCCCUUAAAAUGCAAAGCAGCACAAGCACAGCCGCAGCUCCCAGC